AUGAGCAGUGUUAACUUCAAAAGUGGUGAAGAAGUGGACGAGUACCCUGAUAUAUGUGAGAGGUGUCUAGGCACAGACAGAAAUGUUAAGAUGUUAAAACAAAAUAAUGGGGCAGAGUGUAAAACUUGUAGUAGACCAUUCAAUGUGUACAUGUGGAAGCCCUCUAUAUCUGUCAAGAAGCACUCCAAAACAAUAAUAUGUCUCACUUGUGCAAGAGCGCGAAAUUGUUGUCAGUCUUGUAUGUUCGAUAUUACUUACGGAAUCCCUUUGGAUGUUCGUGAUGCUGCACUUAAGAUGGCUGGGAUCUCAAAUGGUACACCAAUAUUAACUGCGACCAAAAACAAGGAGGUUAAGGCAAUAAUGGCCGAUAAAUUGGAAUCGAAAUUUAAAUCCCAGGAAGAAGAAGAUGAGAGUAGUAGAAACCAGGAAGCUGCUAGAGAUAUCUUGACUAAGCUCUCUCAAAAGUUAAACGAAUCGAGCCCAAAGUUUUUAACCUCAAAGAGUGAUAGGAGGGAACACAGUAGUGCCAAUAUAAAGGAUUUAAAAAACGUAGAUAUUUCUAAAAUUUUGUCAAAACUCCCAUUUAAUGGAGUUAUUACACCACCACCUGCUGACGAAAGUGUGACAUCGUUCUUUAUUUUUGGAAUCAAUGAUGAUCUUCCUCAGUAUGUGAUAAAUGAGUACAUUCAAAAAUUUGGGAAAGUGAAAAACUUGACAAUAGUACACCGGGCUAAAGCUGGGUUUAUUACUUUUAUAGAUAGAAAGAGUGCAGAAGCAUUUGCCAGUGAAAUAAACCUAGUGGGCCGCAAUAAGAACAAGGCUACCCCAGGAAUACUAGUACUUGAUGGGAAAUACCCAACUCGAGUAUGCUGGGGAAAACCAAAACCACUUGGUGUAACUAAGGAAGAACACAGUAAGUUGAGCUUAGUGGUCACCAAAGUAUUAAAGCAAUUGGCGGAGAAGGAUAAGAAAUUCGAGAAGACCAGUAGAUUGGAGAGCAGCAGCAACAGCAGUAGUAGUAGCAGUAAUGGAGCCAGGAAGGUGAAUGAAAGAAAGAGCCAAGCUGUAGGCAGGAAAGCGAAGAACGAAGAUACCAAGUACAAAACUUUGAGUACUGACUUCGAAUUGUAA